ACUCAAUCAAACCCUACCAUACCAAGAAACACACACGAACACUCUCAUGGCCAAAGCACUAGCUACUCCUUUUCUCUCUCUGUUCAUUCUCUCUCUCUUACACUCUUCACAUUCCUCCACGAACUCAUUCAUCUAUGGAGGUUGUUCACAGAUCAAAUACUCACCUGGCUCACCAUACGAGUCCAACCUCAACUCACUCCUCACUUCCCUAGUCAACUCAGCCACCUACUCGUCUUACAACAAAUACAGCAUCUCCGGCUCCACCCAACAAGAAGUAAUCAACGGUGUCUACCAAUGUAGAGGCGACUUAGCCAUGCCGGACUGCGCCACCUGUGUUGCGCGUGCAGUGACCCAACUCGGUCCACUCUGCUCUCAAGCUUGCGGUGGUGCUCUGCAGCUAGAAGGGUGUUUCGUCAAGUAUGACAACACUAGUUUCAUUGGUGUGGAGGAUAAGACGGUGGUGAUGAAGAAAUGUGCGCCGUCGGUUGGGUAUGAUCCGGAGGUGAUGGGGCGGAGGGAUGCAGUGUUGGCGAGCUUGGGUUCUUCCAGUGGGUUGUAUAGGGUUGGUGGUUCCGCUGAUGUGGAAGGGGUGGCUCAGUGUGUCGGGGAUUUGAGUAAUGGCAAGUGUGAAGAUUGUGUGACGGAGGCGAUUGGACGGUUGAAAAGUGAUUGCGGCGGUGCGGUGUUUGGAGAUAUGUUUUUGGCCAAGUGUUAUGCAAGGUAUUCAACGAGUGGAGCUCAUGCUUAUGCCAGUUCUCAUCACCAUGAUGGGCAUGAUGAAGCCGAGAAGACAUUUGCAAUAAUAAUUGGAUUAUUAGCUGGUGUUGCACUCAUUAUCAUAUUCUUAACUUUCAUGAGAAAAGCUUUCGGCCGAAACGGUAAAUAAAUGAAAACUUUAUCAAAAGUUAAAAGGGUUGCAUGGACGGCUUCCACCACCUCAUCACUUUUCUUGUCUCAUUGCUUUUCCUUUUUUCCUUUAUGAUGUCAACUUACAUUCUUAUUUUUAUUUACUUUAAUUCUAUGGUAAUUAUUACUUUGUAAUUGAAUUUAAUGAAUACAUUAUCAUGAAUCAGGUUGAAUUUGUUUAAGCAUGA